CAAAAUUAACAAAAAACAAAAACAAGAACAGAACAGCUCGGAAGGACAGCAGACCAAAUUUUUGAAAAACUUAUUAAUAAAAUGGAUUUAGUGCCAGAAAACUCCUCCAGUGCAAACAAGAGAACAACAGCAGGCGGCAGGGUGAAAUGGAGUGCCGCGCUUGAGAGCCUGCUGAUUGACAUAUGGAAGGAGAAAAUUGAAGAUUUGCGCGGACCACGCAAAAAUGCACAUGUGUAAAUUAAGUUGUCCGUAUGUCCAAGUAGCCUUAGCUGCUUGAUGCGGUGGUCCUCGUGCGGUUUCCGUGGUAUAGAAUCCUUUAUGAAGAUUAUGUUGGAGAGAUAACUGUCUCUCUUAUCACUGGCCUUGUGGUACAGUGGUAUAGAAUUAAUAAUUCAAAGUGUUUACGGCUGGUUGCCGGAGCAAGGUUUAUUAACAAGCGUUAGCUUUCGUUAUAAGAACAGAACUAAAACUAGGAGCCACCAGCAAGCUGGGGCAUAAAGUCUGCUGAAUCAAAAGUAUUUAAUUGCCAAAGAAUGCAAAGCUACAAAAUAUAUGUACUUAGAGCUACAAAGCUACAGUCGGUAAGCCGACUUGGCAUAAGCGAUAAUGCUGAUCUUGCGGCAUGUGCAAGAUAUCAGAUUACCGCCGGUUGACCGUCACAUUCAGGGCGCUGAACUGAAGUUCGCUGAUUUGGCAUCUUGAGUGCAAACAACAUGGAGCAGAGCACAUUGGACAACGACAAUCCUGAUGAGUACUUUUCGGAUAUUAUUGAGAUGGACCUGGACGGAUCUUGUAGCUCCAGCACCUUGUCUGGGCGUCCGCCAAAGAAAAAGAAAAAGACCGACAUUUCGUGGCUGGCAGAGAUCGCCCAGGAGCGUCUCGAACAACAAAAGGACCACCACAGAAAGAAGGAGGAGCACGACGUUAGGCAGGAGAAGAUGGUGCAGGACUUGAUCAGCACCCAAACAAAAUUCCAGAACGACUUAUUAGAAGUUUUAAAAAAUAAAAAUAAAUAAGUUUUUAAUUUUCA